UAUUUCUCAUUUUUUGAUCUAAAUUUUAUAAAACAGUUAAACGAUAUAGAAGCAAAAGAAAUGACAGAUAAAGAAAAACAAGAAGACGACGAUCUACAUCAGGCAUGCAUUUUUUCAGAUCUGCAUUAUACUUUCAAUGGAGACUCAUCAGAAGAUUCAGAAGAAGAUAUUCCAAGGGGAUUAAACGAAGCGUUUAUUAAAAGAAUGCGUAGUGAAGGAACUUUGCAAAAGAGUUUCGCAGGGCCAGAGGCCUGGAUUAAUCGCGCACAGCUUCUUAAAAAUCCGCGUGGCGGUAUUUUUUUGUACCAAUGCGAACUAUGCCGUGAACGUCAAAAGAAAAGGGAAUAUUAUUUAUUCAAUACAGGAAUAUCUGGUUUAUCUUUAUUGACUAUAGAAUUAUGUGCUGAGGAUCUUGACAAGAAUAUCUCUUUAGGAAUGCAUUACUCUGGAUACUUUGGUGAGUUAAAAUUUUUACGAAAAUUAAAAAUAUUUUAGGGCAUUCUAAUAAUGGACAUCAAUCGGGAAAAAACAUCAAUUCAAUGCCUGAUUUGGGUAAUCUUUUUUUUACAUAUGAAUAUUUUUAUUAAGUUAACGAAGGGUUUGAAUUUUCAAGAGGUGCCUGCAUUACAAAUAGUAAAGAA